CAUAGUUGAUUGCCUAAAGAAUACGGUUUAGUUAUACCAAGGAGAUGAUCAGUAGCGUAAUUUGUCCCAUAGUGGCUCGGUUGGAAAGCCUGAGAAGGUACAUGAUGCAGCCAUGCCCCCAUGCAGACGCAGGCUGGCAUGAGAGUUAAAAAGUGAAAAAGCUAAUUGCCCUUCAGAAAGUGAGAACUGUGGUGUACAUGAACAAAGCUUAGGGUGCUCAGACCAGCAUCACGUGAUCACCUCUGCUUCAUUUCUUGCACUGAGAAGAUUAUGGAUCUACAUAAAACAAGUCUGGCAUAUAUAUAAUUAGUAUUUAGUUUUAUAAUCAAGAAAUUCUGCAGUUUCCAAUGUACAGGAAAAAAACAUAUAAUUUAAGAGUACAGGUUUGCAUGUAAUGAAGUAUGAACUAAGAAGAUUAUGGUCUGGUAAGGUAAUUUGUAUAUAUAUGUAUAUGUAGUCAAACUAAGAGAGACUGGCAGCAGAUGGCUGAAUACUUGUGAAUUCCCAAGUGGAUACACUAUUAUAUUGUAAUUUCAAGUAAGAUUCCAUGUGAGUAAUUUUUUUUUUUAUCUAUUCUUCUUCUAUUUUGAUUAUCUUUAACAAUGUUGAUCAGAUUUGUUUUGUGCUACUAACAUUGAAACUUCCAAUAAAAAGAAAAAAAGGGUACAGUUGUACUACUGUCACCUUCUUCCUGGUUGUGGAAGAUUCCUUAACUUCUGCACCACAUUUUUCAAGUUCAAAGUAUAUAUAUAAACAUGGAAACACUCAAGUGUCCUAAGAAAAAUAUGGGGUUGCAGCUAUAUUGUUUUCUAUUCAGUCCUUUGGCAUUGUAGGGAUUUAAUCAGAUUGUUCUAAGCUAAACCUUAAGCUUAUUAGUUGAAUGUGUCAGUGUCUCAGAAGUUCAUUGGCUAUGGAUACAGGACACAUUCAAAAGAGAAACAAAAAAAGGAAUGAUAAUAAAUAUCAUUGAGAAGAUAAGAAGACAAAUGGCUAUAAUUCACCUUUUGAGAAGGGCAUGAGGUAAAUGAUGAUAUAGUAAUAUACAUAUAAAUACAUAUAUAUAAUAAUACUCAAGUAGUAAUGUAAGGCUAUACUGUAUGUGAGCCACAUAAAAAUUUUUUGAUGUAGAAUUGGAAGGGAUAAAUUGAAAAAGAUUGUUUUUUCAGCCAUUUUAUUUGUUUGGAACCAUUCAAGAUACUAGUAUACAAGGGAGAAAAAGUGUGGGGGGAAAAAUGGAAAAGACCUGACAAAUCCUUGUGAUUUUAUUUGUUUUAACUUGGCUCCAUCCUUACUUUAAAGGAUGCUCCUUGGUCCUUUCUUUCCUCACCAAGCUCACCAUUCCAAUAAGCUAGACAUCUUCAAGAGAAAAAAUAAAAACAUGGCCACAAGCCAAGCUACAUUCAACCAUGAUGCAGAUGAAGAGUACAUAGAUAUGGAGGUAAGUUCACCCUCCAGGUUCUUGUGUUACUCUAUAAACUCUCCACCACAAAGCAGAGAGUUUGAAUUCCAAAUGUGUUCAGUUGACUGCAAUGGAGACAUUACCUCAACAACUUCACCUGCAGAUGAGCUUUUCUACAAGGGAAAACUCCUUCCUCUUCAUCUUCCUCCUCGGUUGCAAAUGGUUCAGAAGCUACUGCAAAGCUCCAACAGCUCUUCAUUGGAGAGCAAGACUGAAGCACCUUUCGAAGAAAAUGGUCAGCUUCAUUUCAUAGGCUCUGCAAUUGCUUCAUCAAAUGGAAGUAGUCUAUUGGAAUCCUGUAGGGUGAGUAGUGAACUAAACCCUGAUGACUUUUUCUUUGAAUGGUCAACUGAAAUGAAUGGCUUCACAGGCAAUAAUUCGAACAAAUCUUGGUCUAAAAAGCUUAAACAGAUGAAGCAAUCCUCAAUAACCCAAAAGCUCAAGGCAUCCAGGGAGUAUCUUAAAUCAUUGUUCAGUAAAUCUGCUUGUUCAGAUGAAUCUUGUGCCAAAGCAGAUGUUUCAAAGACCAAAGAAUGUGCAAACAAGUACAUGAAAAUGGGAAAGAAGAACCCAUUUGGAAAGGUUGAUAAAGAUAGAUACAAAAUUUUCAUGAAGACUAUUGACAGGGAGUUAGGUGAGGACGUUACAGAUAUCCAUAGGAGGUCAUUUUCAGGGGUAAUUCAAAAGCAUUCUGCAAUAAAGACUUCAUCUUCAUCAUCAACAUCUUCAUCUGGUUCUUCUUCUUCUUCAACAUCUUUUUCUUUAAGUUCAAGUGGAUUCUGCGAUUUACAGUUGCUGAAAAGGAGCAACAGUGCCAGUUCAGAGAUUGAGAAUUCAAUUGAAGGGGCAAUUGCUCAUUGUAAGCAGUCUCAGAAACUUGGGGUCUGUUCACUUUCUGCUUCAAAGAUUUCUGUUUGUGGGGACCAAGAAAGACCAGAACUUUGCAGCAUUUGAAUGUCAAAAAAUACUUUACAAAGACUGGAAAUCCACCAUAACAAGAAGAAAAAAAUAAACCGAAGUUGACUAAGAUGGGUACCCAGUUCCUGCUACAUUCUUCAAAGUGAGUGCCAUUUGAUAUUUUAGAUACUUUGCAUGAUUUUUCCAGCACUGUUAGACAAGACCCUCUUUUUUUUUGGUUUUUAAUGUUGCUGUAAUACGUUUCCAUGGAAUAAUAUGUUGAAAAUCCAUCAUCACCAAUAAUAAAGCAAAAAAUGAUUAGGAUUCUUCCAUGGAAGCUUAUCUUUCAAAAUCAAAUGCUCUAACCCCACCAACCAAAUUGCAUGUUGUACUUGCUCAAGUUAUUGCAUGAUUGGAAUUGCUUGAAUCCAGUAUCUGUUUGCUUGGUUUUUGCUUCUAUAUAUAUUUAUAUAUAAAAGAAUUUCUUUUCUCCUUGGACUGGGACAAGACAUUCUCUUUUACAACGAAUUGCCGGUUUCCGUACAGCAUCUUUUCACAUUUGACAAUGAUCCUUACCACUUAACUAUGUUUUUACUGUGUUGUUGCUAAGUUUAAAUGUUGAAUAAAACAUCCACAAAACCCCCUUCUAACUGCAACAAAAAAAUCAACUUAAAUUGGAAGCGAGCGACUGUCUGACAUGAUUAAAUUACAUUUUCAAUAUAUAUAUAUGUAUUUAGAGGAUUCAUGGAAUCUGGUAUCAUCGUCCCAACACUAAAUAUUCAUCAAUAUUACAACAAUAAUAAUUUCCUUAAAAGCUAAUUGUAUUAUAUAUGAUUUGUUUUUCUUUUUACAUGAAGCUUUUCCCUGAUUCUGUAUUCUACUAUUUCAGCCUUUUAACUUUUCAGACUUUAUUAUGCCUUUCAGACUGCCAUCUUUUCAUCUUAUCUUUUCCUUCUAGUAAAAGAGAAAUUUCUUUCACUUCAUUUUGAAUGAUUUCAACGAGUAAAGCCUCUAUACUACUUUUACCUCUCAACUCAAAAAGUUAAAAUCAUUCAUUGACAAUGUGGCAUUUUUAUUCUAGUAAAAAAGUCCCAUAUACCCUUUGCCUUUGUUGAGGGAGAGACCUUACAAUAUGGAAAAACAUGUAACAUAUGAUUAAAAAAACAUUUCACUUCGUUCCUUCGAAAUAUCAAAUAAUAGACAGAUAGCAUACCUGCAUUCCAUGGCCUCCAUUGGUUCAGCCUUUUACUUCAUUAAACAAAGAAGAAUAUACAUCUAAUUAUUCAUGAACUAAUUACCAAAGCAAUCAAGAAAAAAAAAGCAAUUGCAUGUCCUAAUAGGCCUCUAGAGAUGUAGAUUUCAGUUUACCAAAAAAACAAAAGGAUGCAGCUGGGACCAUGUUACCAAGUGAAAAGCAUGUGAAUAAAUGUCAGGAUAGAUUCAAAGCAUCAAUAUUAUUUCCUGAACACAAUUGUAAAACAACUCGUCAUCAACUUACUCUUUGUUAUGAGGGAGAAACAAUGCAACUUCAGCUACAGUAAUCAACUCUUCCCUCAACUCAUUUCAAAUCAAACAUUGAUAUUAUCAUUAUGUCAAAGGCUCAAACUUAAACAUGUAUGAAGUAAACUAUAGUUAUAUGACUCAGCUUUAUUACUUGGAAGAUCCGAAGAAGAUCCGAAGACAAUAACUGUAUAAUAAAGCGUCGUACUGUCCUGAUUAUCGACAAGAAAAGAAGGAAAGAACAAUAAUAACAAGAAAAGGUUCAUUGAAUUUAGCAUUGAUUGAGGACAAAAGGACGUUCAUCCAAAAAUACAAGCAUAACACAGCAAAAUAUAUGUUGACAACCUAUGAAACUCCUAGACUUUGUACCAAUGCUGAUAGCUUUAGAAUUUAAAUGUUAGAGACAUGAAAUGAUGUUCUAGAAAGCAAAUGUCUUAGUAGCGGACAGGGUCUAUCACCAUCAUUUGUCAGAGUCGAGUACUCGUGCCCCUCACUUGAAUGAAGACAUGGUAGUAUUCAACAUUACCAGGGUAUACAGGUUUACAGCUUUCAUCUUUAAUGAUUGGCCCUCGGAACUAACUGCACUAACCUAGAAAUUACAAGUUAUAUGAAGAAGCACUGAAGGAAGAAAAAAUACCAUCUAAGGAAUGCUAUCUGUUUUUACAACAUGGUAUCAUAGAUUCUUUAAUUAGCAGUUUUCAGAUUGCAUUUCUAGUUACUCCUUUUUCUUUUUUGUAAAACUUUCUGCUUCUUUCUUUAAAAGAAAAACAAAGAGAAGACUAUAAUAGCACGUUCCAACCAAAUGACAGCAAUUAAAUGCCGUACAUGUUACCUAGACUUCAUUUUUACGAAAAUAUUUUUCUGAGAUAUAUUUGGACAUGCGUAUAUGAUCAGAUCAUCUAAAUACAUGGAAAAAACAUGUCACGCCAAAGUGAUACUUAGUAUUGGUUGGUCAUCAUAACGUUAGCGGGGUGAAAAUUGAAGUAUUUGACAAGGAAGACCUAAACAUAUAAAGGUGGCAGUGUAGACUAGCAAUGAAGGCAGAGCUGGAAGGCAUAAAUAAUUUUAUUUGCAAUGAAUCUGGUCAAAUUUAAAAAGGCAUAGCCUAUCUAUGUCAAGCAUUGCAUGAUAUCAAUCAAGAAGGAAAGUAUGUUGGAGAAUUAUUGCAAUACUCACUGGUACUCUUCAUUUGUUGUCUUGCAAGAAGAGGAAAAGGAACUGUAUGACACUGAGAAUCUUGUGCAUGUGACAUGGGAAAAGCACAGUAAAAGUGAUAUAGUUAGAUUUUUCAAUUACUUAUCUACUUUUAAGGGAAAAAAGGGCAAAAGAAAGAAAUUUGAAUGUAAAAAUGUUGACAGAUAAUCUAGGCAAUCAAGCCAAAUCAUUGACUAAUUUCUUGAUCCAUUGAACUAAAAAAAAUAAAUGUAAGUCUACGUAUUCUCAGCUGUUCUUGCAAUCUGUUUAAGCUCAACCUUGCAACUUGCUAACAUUCUACUACAGUUGGUCAAAUCUGUAAGCAUGAGAUAAAAUGUUUCUAGUGCAUUAAAAGCUCAAACCGCAUAGAGUUUCUUGUGCUCAUUGUUUAGAAUCUCUGUGUCAGACGUAUAUGGUGUGGGCAAUGACCGAGAUCCGCUAGUCAUUGAAGACCUACGGAUGCUCCGAAGUUUGGAAGCCUCAAUACGGUUCACAAUCACCCAAUAACACAAUGUCCCCAAUGUCGAUACCAUGAUAACAGUCCCUAUGCCGGUAAUAAGGUUAGCUAACCACCUCUCGUCUUUUCCAACUACAACAUAUGAAAGGGCAAGAAAAGCAACUGAAAUCAGCACACAAGCCAACCACAUGAGCUUAUUAAUAACUGCCAUCAUCUGCUUCUUUGCCUUUCUCUGUAUAACUACAACAGACGUUUGUAC